AGUUAAUUUUAAAUCGAGGUAAAAUGAUGAAACUUGUCCUCUGUGUCCUGCUGGCCUCAUCUUGUGGGGCUGUUCCUUUUCUGACCGAUGUGGAGCCAUUUAUUACCAAUGGAGAGCUGGCCGAGGUGGGUCAGUUUCCCUACCAGGCUGGUCUGAACAUUUCCUUUGGGAAUUGGAGCACCUGGUGCGGCGGCACCCUGAUCUCGCAUUACUGGAUAGUCACAGCGGCGCAUUGUAUGGAUGGGGCUGAAUCCGUAACGGUCUAUUUGGGUGCCAUCAACAUCCACGAUGAGACUGAGGAGGGCCAGAAGAGGAUCGUGGUGCAGAAAUCGGGGAUUAUCGUGCACUCCAACUUUACGGCCAGCACGGUGGUGAAUGACAUCUCGCUGAUUCGGCUACCCACCUUCGUUAGCUUCACCGAUCGCAUCCGGGCGGCCAAUCUGCCGCGUCGCUUGAACGGCGUCUUUCCCACCUACGAAUCCGUGCGAGCCUUUGCCUCCGGCUGGGGAAAAGAUAGCGACGCCUCCGAAAUAGUGUCACCCGUGCUGAGGUACGUGGAGAUGCCCGUAAUGCCGCACGCACUGUGCCGGAUGUACUGGAGCGGAGCCGUGUCCGAGAAGAUGAUCUGCAUGAGCACCACCAGCGGAAAGUCCACUUGCCACGGCGACUCCGGCGGCCCGUUGGUCUACAAGCAGGGCAACUCCAGCUAUCUGAUCGGGUCCACCUCCUUUGGGACCUCCAUGGGCUGUCAAGUGGGAUUUCCGGCCGUGUUCACGCGCAUCAGCAGCUACCUGGAGUGGAUCUUGAAGCACAUAAUCGUCCACACCUGAAGUCUUUGGAACUUCCCAUACAUGACGUUUAAAAUAUCCACUAUUAAUUUGAGCUAUGAAGACUUUGCUUUUAAGACAUUUGAUUAAAUUCAAAAUUUUGAUCGCUGUUACAAAGUAUGUGUAACUUCAAUUAUUGAUAUCUUUAUACAUUGUAUUAGAACAAAUCGGCUUAUAGGAGUUCAACAAUUGAGUUCAAGCCAAUUGGAGUUAAAAACACUUCGGUUUUGGACCAAUUUCUUAAUUUAAAGGCAAAAGUUGACGUUGACCUUCUAGACUAGAACUGAUCUGAAAAAAAUUACCCAAAAAUCCAUAAAAAACUCAGUUAACUUAA